AUGUUAAGGAAGAAGAUGUCAACGAGCCGGAGGAAUCAGCUCAAGAGCUUGCUGCUGCAGAUCGGUGAGGCGAUGCUGGAGGAGGAGGAGAGGGAGGCCGAGAAGGAGAAGAUGAAGUACAUGGAGGAGAGCUGCCAGGCCCUCUCCGUCCCAGGCUGCAUGCAGGAGCUCCAGGAGCUGUGCCGGAAACUUCACAAGCAGAUUGAUUUGGUGGAUGAGGAGCGAUACGACAUGGAGCUCAAAGUGACAAAGUCCAACAAGGAGAUCAACGACCUGAAGUUGAUGGUUCAGGAUCUGAAGGGGAAGUUUAAGAAGCCUGCCCUGAAGAAGGUGCGGAUGUCGGCCGACGCCAUGCUGGCAGCUCUGCUGGGCUCCAAACAUAAAGUGUCCAUGGACCUGAGAGGCAACCUGAAGCAGGUCAAGAAGGAGGUGAAAGAGGAGGUGGGUAAGCAAACAGGCGACUGGAGGAAGAACAUCAAAGACAAGGCCGGGAUGGACGGCAGAAAGAAGAUGUUCGAGACAGACGCUUAA